AUGUUGACUGAUAAAUAAAAUUGCUUCGAAAAUUAAGCAAAUGAUCAUAGUUAGAUGGAGGAUCAUCAAUAAUAAUUAGAGAAAACAUCUUAGUUCACUAAUAUUGAUGAUACUAGCACAAAUUACAAUGAUCAAGAAACCAAUGAAUAGAGUGACAUUCUAAAUAAGGAUCCAGAAGUUCAGAAAUCUAUUUGUUUAUAAGAAAAUGAGAUUCAGAGAUUGUCCUAAGCUUAUGCUGAUAAGUAUUAUUAUGAGAUGAAAUUUGAACAGUAUCAAAAUCUAUUGGCAUAAUAAUAAUGUACAAUCUCUAAAUUAUUGAAUGAGAAGAAAGAUCUGUAAUAAAAAUUGGAGAAUUCAGUUAUGUAACAUAAUUAUCAAGAUAAUUUCGAUUCUUUAUAAUAGAAUCAUUAAUUAGAAUAAAAAUUAGAAGAGUUAUAAUUAUAGAAUGAAAAUUUAACAUAGUAAAAUGAAUUGUACGAUAAAUAAUUAGAUGAAACAAAAAGAUUGUUGUAAAAAUUAAAUAAGGAAUAAGAAUCAUUGUAAUAAUAGUUUUAAGAAUACAAAUUAUAAGUUUAUAUUAAAGAAUAAGAAUAAUAAUAAUUGAUUACUUAAUUAUAGAACAAGGGUUGCCAGGAAUCAAAGUUAUCUAUAUAUUAAGAAUUAUAACAUUAAAUGAAUGAAAUAAAAGAAUAAAAUAAUUAUUUAUUUGAAUAAUUAAGCAAGAAAGAAUAAGAAAUAGAGUAAUAUUUUUAGAAAUAAUUGUCAAAUAUUGCUGAAUAGUUGACAAAAGAAAAAUUAGAUUUAUAAGAAGAAUUUGAAUAAUAAUUGGAAAAUAAGGAUGAAAUAAUUCAUUAAUUAGAAAUUUAAAUAAAUGAUGUACAUAAUCAAGCAUAACAAUUAUACUCUGAGAAUUUAUAAUUACAAAAUCAAUUAGAUUUAUUAGGUUAAAAGUAUUUAUAUUAAAUUUAUAAAUUUUAGUUAUUAAGAGGAUAUUUAAUAAUAGGCUAAUAUAUUAUCAGAAUAGGUGGCAGAGUAUAAAAUAAUAAUAAAUAAUUUGGAAAAUUAGAUAUUUGUGAUGAAUGCUGAGAUAUAAAGAAGAGGAAGAUCAAAUGGUAAGGAGAAUAAUGCACAAAGAGUCUUACAAGGGAUACAUAAAAAUAAUUAAUAAAGAUUAAGUACUGGAGAGAUGACAUUUUCUAAUAUAACUCCAAGUUCGAAGUAAUUUCAAUACUAAAAUUUAAAGAAUUGA